GCUAUAAGCGCGCGGCGUAGGUGCUCUGCUCGGCUCGGACCUGCAGCCGCCGCCAUGCGGGCACCCCCCCUCCUGCUGCUCGCCCUGGGCCUGCUGCUGGGCCCCGCUGCUGCGCUCAUCCGGAUCCCACUGUACAAGUUCACGUCCAUCCGCCGGACUCUGUCUGAGGUGGGCGUCUCCGUGGAAAACCUGAUCUCCAAGAACCCCGUCUCAAAAUACUCCCAGAGGGGCUCUGCUGUGGCCCAGGGUCCUGUACCAGAGAUGCUCAAGAACUACAUGGAUGCCCAGUACUACGGGGAGAUCGGCAUCGGGACGCCCGCGCAGUGCUUCACGGUUGUCUUCGACACCGGCUCCUCCAACCUGUGGGUUCCCUCGAUCCACUGCAAACUGCUGGACAUCGCCUGCUGGAUCCACCACAAGUACGACAGCGCCAAGUCCAGCACCUACGUGAAGAACGGCACCACCUUCAACAUUCACUACGGCUCGGGCAGCCUCUCUGGGUACCUGAGCCAGGACACCGUGUCGGUGCCGUGCAGCUCGGCCUCGGCCCUGGGAGGUGUCAAGGUGGAGCGGCAGACCUUUGGGGAGGCCACCAAGCAGCCGGGUGUCACGUUCAUUGCUGCCAAGUUUGACGGCAUCUUGGGCAUGGCCUAUCCCCACAUCUCCGUCAACAACGUGGUGCCCGUUUUCGACAACCUCAUGGAGCAGAAGGUGUUGGAGAAGAACGUGUUCUCCUUCUACCUGAACAGGGACCCGACAGUGCAGCCCGGGGGCGAGCUGAUGCUGGGUGGUAUAGACUCCAAGUACUACAAGGGCCCUUUGAACUUUAUUAAAGUCACCCGGAAGGCUUACUGGCAGAUCCACAUGGACAGGGUGGACGUGGGCAACGGGCUGACCCUGUGCAAGGGUGGCUGUGAAGCCAUUGUGGACACGGGCACCUCCCUGAUGGUGGGCCCAGUGGAGGAGAUCACCGAGCUGCAGAAGGCCCUGGGUGCUGUGCCGCUGAUCCAGGGCGAGUACCUGAUCCCCUGUGAGAAGGUAUCCAGUCUGCCCCCCAUCUCCCUGCAGCUGGGUAGCAAGGCCUACACAUUGGAGUCAGAGGACUACGUUCUCAAGGUGUCACAGGCCGGGAAGACCAUCUGCCUGAGCGGUUUCAUCGGCAUGGACAUCUCCCCACCCGGCGGGCCGCUGUGGAUCCUGGGUGACGUCUUCAUUGGUCGCUACUACACGGUGUUUGACCGGGACAACAACACCGUGGCCUUUGCUGAGGCCACCAGGAUCUAGUUGUCUUCCACUACAGCAGAGAGGCGGGGUGUUGGGACGGGGGCCCCCAGCCCUCCCCGCGCCCCCGCUCCCUCCGUCCUCACAGUUGCACACGUGCGCACACUCACAGCCACUGUCCCGGUGUCAGAAAUGCUGCCUGCCUGCCUGCUUGUCCUCUGUCUGUCUGUCUGAUAGAGGGUCCUGACCAACUGGGAGGAACAGCCGGAGCUCGGCAGUGAGGACC